CCUCGUUCACCCCAUCGUCUUCUCAGGACCCCGGCGCCUCCUAUAAAUAGCAAAAAGAGGUCAAGAAUCCAUUUUUAGGGUUUCGUUUUGACCUCCAACAGAGAAGAGAGAAGCUAGAGAGCUUCUCCUCUCUCUCGUUAGAAGGAGCGGAUUCCGCCCUGCUCAGAUAUCAAGGAUUUUACUCGAGAAUGGAUCAUAUCAGGCAUCCAUUUAGGGGAAUCAUCAGUGAUGUCAAUGGUAGAGCACCGUGUUACCGGCAAGAUUGGAUGGCCGGGUUUCAUUCAGGAUUCAGGAUCUUGGCACCUACUAUGUACAUCUUUUUUGCUUCUGCUUUACCUGUUAUUGCUUUUGGAGAGCAGCUAAGUAAAGACACAGAAGGAGCACUAAGCACGGUGGAAACUUUAGCUUCUACUGCGAUUGCUGGUAUAAUACACUCGAUAUUAGGAGGACAGCCCAUGUUAAUUCUUGGAGUUGCCGAACCGACUGUGAUAAUGUACACAUACUUGUACAAUUUUGCCAAAGACCGAGAGGACCUGGGUGCACGACUAUUUUUGGCUUGGGCUGGAUGGGUUUGCGUCUGGACUGCUAUCAUGCUGUUCCUUCUGGCAGCUUUUAAUGCUUCUGCUAUAAUUAGUAGAUUCACCAGGGUCGCAGGAGAACUCUUUGGGAUGUUAAUCACGGUUCUUUUCUUUCAAGAAGCUAUCAAGGGUCUGGUGAGUGAGUUUAAUGUACCAAAAGGCGAAGAUUCGAGUCUAGUGGUAAACCAGUUCCAGUGGCUUUAUACGAACGGAUUGCUGGGCCUCAUAUUUUCUGGUGGCCUUCUGUACACUUCAUUAAAGAGUAGAAAGGCAAGGUCAUGGAGAUAUGGCACAGGGUGGUUUAGAAGUUUCGUUGCCGACUACGGAGUUCCUUUGAUGGUAGUUGCAUGGACUGCAGUAUCAUAUGCAACCCCUAACAAAGUUCCUUCUGGGGUUCCAAGGAGGCUCUUCAGCCCCCUUCCCUGGGAUCCCAAGUCGGUGCAUCACUGGACUGUUGCAAAGGAUUUGCUGUCAGUUCCCGUGGUCUAUAUAUUUGCUGCAAUUAUACCCGCCCUUAUGGUUGCAGGCCUUUAUUUCUUUGACCAUAGUGUUGCUUCACAGUUGGCACAGCAGAAGGAGUUCAAUCUUAGAAACCCAUCAGCUUACCAUCAUGACAUCUUAAUCCUUGGUUUUGUGGUUUUGAUUUCUGGAUUGCUCGGAAUUCCUCCUUCAAACGGGGUUCUUCCACAGUCUCCUAUGCACACCAAGAGCCUUGCUGUUCUCAAGGGACAGUUAAUUCGAAAGAAAAUGGUUGAAAGUGCUAAAGAAAGCAUUCAGAAGAAAGCCAGCAACUCAGAAGUAUAUGGGAAAAUGCAAGAGGUUUUUAUAGAAAUGGACAAAGGACAUACACCUAUCUCAGUAGAUAAAGAACUGAAGAACUUGAAGGACGCAGUUAUGGGGAACAAAACCAAUGGAGAGGAAAAGAAAGAUUCAUUUGAUCCUGAGAAGCAUAUAGAUGAAUACUUGCCUGUUCGUGUAAAUGAACAGAGAGUUACCAACCUGCUGCAGGCUCUCCUUGUGGGUGCUUCCCUUGGAGCUAUGCCCGUAAUCAAGAAGAUUCCCACCUCAGUGCUCUGGGGAUAUUUUGCUUACAUGGCUGUUGAUAGUCUCCCUGGAAACCAGUUCUGGGAAAGGCUAUUACUUCUGUUUAUCACUCCUGGCCGGAGAUACAAGGUUCUAGAAGGCGCACAUGCAUCAUUUGUAGAAUCAGUUCCAUUCCGGAAAAUAGCUAUCUUCACAAUUUUCCAACUCGUGUAUCUUCUGGCGGUUUUUGGUAUUACAUGGAUACCAAUAGCAGGGAUUUUGUUCCCUCUACCAUUCUUCAUUCUGAUUGGCAUCAGGCAGUAUCUUCUACCUAAAUUUUUCAACCCGUAUCACUUAUGGGAGUUGGAUGCCGCUGAAUAUGAAGAAAUUGAAGGCGUCCCUCAGCGAGAGCGUACCCUCUCCUUCGCGGAUCAAGAUAGGGCACAAUUGGGCAGUGAAGAGGGCGCUGUCGAUGUUUUUGAUGCUGAAAUACUGGAUGAGCUCACUACGAGCAGAGGAGAACUCAAGCAUAGAUCUCUGAGCUUCCAUGAAGAGAGGGCCUUGCAAGACUUGCAGGUUCACCCUGAGAUAAACUCGCAAAGGAAAGACUAAAACCUGGAGCGUGCUACUGAUCACCUUCAAAGCGAGAAACGAAAGGCCGGAGUACUGUAAACGUGUAAAGAGUAGGAAAAGGGAGUGCGUCUCAGCUUUGUGUCUCUGUGAUUAAUCGUGUUAGUUGAAAGUUUAGAGCUACGUGGAAACUGCGAGCGCUACUUGUUGUUUGUAAAUUAAGUUUUCAGAAUGUACUACUGAAAACAGGGAGCAUGUAUGAUAUAACACAAGAAUAUGUGUUGUUGAGCUUCCACUACAUGUAUAAUAACAACGAAGUAGAUGGUUUUUUGGUCUGC